AUGGCAGAAACCAAUAUCAAGGUAUCCAGGAUCAAGGUGCUAUCGUCGCACACCAGCCUGGCUCUAAUCACCCACGGCAACGACCCUGAGGUCACAGAGACUAAUUACAGGUGUUAUGGGACAGAACCCCUCACUGGCCCACACAUCUCCACAAAAGCCCUCACUGGCCCUCACAUCUCCACAAAAGCCCUCACUGGCCCUCACAUCUCCACAAAAGCCCUCACUGGCCCUCACAUCUCCACAAAAGCCCUCACUGGCCCUCACAUCUCCACAGAACCCCUCACUGGCCCUCACAUCUCCACAGAACCCCUCACUGGCCCACACAUCUCCACAGAACCCCUCACUGGCCCACACAUCUCCACAGAACCCCUCACUGGCCCUCACAUCUCCACAGAACCCCUCACUGGCCCACACAUCUCCACAGAACCCCUCACUGGCCCACACAUCUCCACAGAACCCCUCACUGGCCCACACAUCUCCACAGAACCCCUCACUGAACCCCACAACACCCCCGGUGUGGCCAACACAGAACACCACGACACCCCCGGUGUGGCCAACACAGAACACCACGACACCCCCGGUGUGGCCAACACAGAACACCACGACACCCCCGGUGUGGCCAACACAGAACACCACGACACCCCCGGUGUGGCCAACACGGAACACCACGACACCCCCGGUGUGGCCAACACAGAACCCCACAACACCCCCGGUGUGGCCAACACAGAACUCCACAACACCCCCGGUGUGGCCAACACAGAACACCACGACACCCCCGGUGUGGCCAACACAGAACACCACGACACCCCCGGUGUGGCCAACACAGAACACCACGACACCCCCGGUGUGGCCAACACAGAACACCACGACACCCCCGGUGUGGCCAACACAGAACACCACGACACCCCCGGUGUGGCCAACACAGAACACCACGACACCCCCGGUGUGGCCAACACAGAACACCACGACACCCCCGGUGUGGCCAACACAGAACCCCACAACACCCCCGGUGUGGCCAACACAGAACACCACGACACCCCCGGUGUGGCCAACACAGAACACCACGACACCCCCGGUGUGGCCAACACAGAACACCACGACACCCCCGGUGUGGCCAACACAGAACCCCACAACACCCCCGGUGUGGCCAACACAGAACACCACGACACCCCCGGUGUGGCCAACACAGAACACCACAACACCCCCGGUGUGGCCAACACAGAACACCCUCCCCCUCCUCCGGGACAUGGGGCGUGCUAA